UAUUUAUCAUGGUCUUGAAUAUUUAUCAUAAUUGCGUAUUAUUCUCAGAGGUUCUAAGUGCAUCAUAGGGCUUCGGCAGCACAUCUCUAUUUCAUCCUGUUCACCGUAGUCCUAUUUAGCUGACUCUAUGAUUGCCCAUAAGCUUUCAUCUUCUCCUCCUACGAUCUCCUCCAUGUCACCCUUGGAUGCCCGAUUCCUCGUCUCCCAUUUAGGUUCCACUCAAAAACCCAACACUCCCCUUCACUUCUGAAAAUAUUUAUUCUUUUAGAUAUCUCUUGCUUUUGAAAAAAAUACUGAAGUAUUUCUGGUUGUAUUGGCUUCUGUGAGUUGAAUGUUUCCACCAUUCAGCUUCCCACUAUCACUAUCACGUUGAUUUGGUGAAGAGAUUCCCCUGAAAAGAAGGAAACCUGAGAAAUGACUCCAGCCUAUCCAACCAAGGAUACAACACUGAAUAAUAAACUUGGUGGAAUUAUUUACAAAUCCUUAAAAAAUAUUCACCAUCAAUUUGAAUAUGAAUCAUUAGAAAAUGAACAGCUGCAUAUAAAAUCAAAGUAUGGCUUACUAUUGGAUAAACAUUAUCUACCAAAGGGUGAUAAUCCCUUCAUCAAUUUAACAAAAGCUUGGUGUACAGUAGCUGGUUGUACUGCUGCUUAUACUUAUAAAACUAUUGGUCAAGAUUUCAGUGAACCAAUGAAAAUUUGGUUGGCUAAUGCUGCCAAUUGUACUAUCCUGUUUAGUCUUUUAGCUGAGUUCACUGAUGUUCAACAGUCAACACAUCAACAAAACAAGAAAAUCCUACCUUCGUCUGCCUUAUCGUCAUCUUCGUUACCUGAUGGGAAUUGGUCUUAUGGUUCAUGGUCACUAGACAAUCUUUUGAGUGUUAAUGAAAUGAAGGCUAUUAUUAAACCUGAGAUGUCAGAUAUCUGUGUUGCAGUAAUGAUAGCUGGUGUUAUUAACUAUUACCAGGAAGGUUGUCUACUGCCGAAAACACUGACUAAAUACGCUGAUGAUUUGAUCAAGUCAACAGAAAUGGAUCAGUAUGGAAUUACACACAUACGGGAUAAACUACAAAUUAUGGCGAUCACAAGUAGUUGGAUAUCAAAAAUUAAUAUUUUCAAUGAAAUGCAAAAAAUCGAUGCUAACAGAAAAUCAAAUCUGAGAAAUAUUAAGACUUUAGGAUUAACAAGCAUUACACUGACUUCUGAUAUGAUAGAAUCUCUUCGAACAGCUCCAGCCGGUUGGAAGUGUACAUCAAUCGCUUUCAAUAUAGCCAGUAAAUUAGUCCAGUCAUCAGAAUGUUUUUAUUUUAUGGCUGGGUUAAAUGAAUUAGUAGAGUUGGUUAAAUUAUGGCAAAAGCUGAAACAAAAUCCAAUCCUAUAUCAUAUUGCUGGUAAAGUUCUUACAAACACUCAAGAAAACAUAUUUGUGGAUAAUGGAAGAAAUCUUCUAGGUAGAUUGAUCACCUAUUUAAAGUAUACAGAACCACAGAGUGAAUUAUUUACAUCGAAGUACUUAAAAUCGAAUGAUCAAACUCUUGAGAGGAUCUAUGCUGAUUAUUCUGAAAACUGGGAAAAUAUUGUAAAAGCAUUUCAUCAUUGUACAGAUAAAAUAAUAAAACACAGUAGUAAUCUUACACAGCAACUGAAGGCUUUACAUCUUAUUCCGGAGACUUUCAAACUGAAUGAAAAUGCUAUACGUAUGUGUCGUGAAAUGUUUCGAGAUAAUGCUUAAAAACGCGGGAAUUGUUGUAUGUAUUUGCAUAAACAUAAAUCAUUAUUAGCAAAUAAAUUAUUUUAU